GCGCGAAGAAUCUGUUUCUGAAAUUUCGCGCCCGACGCUGCGACGUCGAGAGAUCGAACUCGUUCCAAUGUAUUCGAGUCGUUGGAGUGCUAGCAGUCGUAAAUUGUCUGUCUUCAGCGAAAGGGUAGUGAGUGAUUCAACGACUCAACGAAUCCUCACGGGUGACUACACCAAAGGGAACAAAGGCCGUAUACGAAGAUGUGCGGUGGUUUUACGUGCUCUAAAAAUGCUUUGACGGCUUUAAACAUCCUUUAUAUCGUUGUUGCAUUUAUUUUAAUUGGUGUAGCUGUUUAUGGAAGAGCUUCUGCAUUAGUCACAAACCUUCCUAUAAUUGGAGGUAUUUUAGCAUGUGGUGUUAUUUUGAUUCUAAUUUCUAUACUUGGACUGAUCGGUGCUGUUAAACAUCACCAAGUUCUAUUAUUCUUUUACAUGCUUAUCUUAUUUCUACUGUUCUUAAUUCAAUUCAGUAUCGCGUGUGCUUGCCUUGCUGUUAAUACCAAACAACAAGAACAAUUAGCAGAACAGGGUUGGAAGCACGCAAAUGAAUUAAUAGAUAAGGUUCAAGAAACUUUCAAAUGCUGUGGUUUCAAUGGCACUGAAAUCGCAUAUAUGAAUAAUUCAGAUCCAUUUAUUGAAUCUUGCAAAAUUAAAUAUUGUUGCCAAUAUCCUACAAAUACCGAUUGUGAAUGUCCAUCUUGUAUGCAAAAAUUACAAUCUACGAUUGAUUAUGCCUUUAAAUUAUGUGGCAGCAUAGGAUUGUUCUUCAGUUUUACAGAGGUGAUUGCAGCUUUCUUGGCAAAACGUUACAGAAAUCAACUAUAUCAACAUUCAAAAGCUGUUUUUCCUUAAUAUACUUUUUUUUUCAACAUA